AGGCCUUUAAGUGGAAGCAUGCAGGGAAUAUGCGUGGCCAGGGUAGAAAUAAUACCAUGAAUCCAUCAACAAGAAUAACUGGUGGUCACACUGAUCCUAGUGAUCAGAGCUUGAGUGAGGGCGAUUUUUUAUCAGAAGCCAGCGACGAUGGAGGACAAGGAGGGGACUACGCAAAUCCAAGAAAAAGAGGACCACAACAUCGCAGGGGCAACAACUAUCCACUUUUCCAAAAGAGACGACUACAACAGUACUAAAUGGUAUGGACACUAAUGCUCUUCAGGUCAUAAAUCUAUCUACAUAUAACCUGACCCCCCAGGAGAAAUCCAUAUUGGAAAAAGGACUCUCCUUCUCCCCCAUGCGAAUCUUGGACAAAUUUGAAUUUGUUAAAGACACAUAUUUGUUUUGCAGACAACUUUGUUUUAAACUUCUAUAUAAUCAACCAUCAAUUUUACAAACUCUGGCUGAGGAUGAACGUGGGGUAUUCAUGGAUCUCAUGGACCUUCUGCGAGAAAAUGAGUCCGAAACAGGUAGGAGGUGUUUCACCUUGAAUAAGCCCUCUCUACUUACCCCUUCAUUCAAUUUAUUUCCUAACAUUCAACUCUUUUUUCAAGCCAUAGUACAUGAGAUACAGAAACUUAAACCUGAUUGCCUGCAAGGUAGAAACCUGAAUAGCCUGGAAUCCGAUACUAUACGAAAAUUGCAGGUCAAUAGCACCUUUGUCAUCAAAGAGGCGGAUAAGGGCGGUAAUGUGGUCCUAUGGGACAUGGACUUAUACAUACAAGAGGCGACUCGACAGCUGAAAAAUGGAGCAUUUUAUGUACCCUUACCCUCGGAUCCCACAGUGGUUUUCAAGAAAAAACUGGACCAACUAUUGAAAUCAGCUCGGGAUAUGUUCAUCAUUACUAAAAAGGAGCAUCAAUUUCUCGAGGUGAGUGAACCGAUUAUCCCCACGUUCUAUAUGCUCCCGAAAGUGCAUAAGGACCUCCACAACCCCCCAGGUCGACCCAUUGUGGCCGGCAUUGGGGGUUUGUGUGAACAGGCCUGCACUUAUUUGGACUUUUUUCUCCAACCUAUGGUUCUAGGAUUACCCUCAUAUGUGCGGGAUUCUCUCCACCUGAUUGAAAUGUUGGAACAACUGUCAAUUACCUCUAAUGUAUUGCUGGUGACCUGCGACGUUGAGUCUUUGUACACGAAUAUUGCACACAAGGAUGGCAUUAGUGCCACUACCUACUUCUUGGAGAAGUCAACCUCGGGGGAGCCAGCCCACCGCGCCUUUCUGGGCUCCAAGGAGACCUGUAUCCAAUUCAUCGAAACACUGAACCAAAAUGACUUGAAUAUUCAUUUGACAUAUAAUAUCUCGGAUGAUACGGUGGAAUUUUUGGAUCUGAGACUGCGUAAGGAAAAUGAACGGAUUGCCACAUCCCUUUUUCGAAAGAUGGUCAGCGUUAUACAAAAUCUUGGAGAACCAUUGGUUCCUGCUCACUUCAGAUCACAGAUUGACGCCCCUUUUGGAUGA